CCUUUGCUUUUGUUUUCAGAUUCUUCUUCUUCUGAUCUUAGCUAAUGCUUUACGAUUUCCAUAGCUCCACGUUUUUUUUAAUUUAUUCAAGCUGAAGUGCUUUUUCGUUAAAAGGUGUUUGUGUUGUUCCUUUUCUCAGCUUGUGGAGUUUUAUCGUUUCCAUUUUUGUUUUAUUACUAUAUUUUUUGGAACUCCAAACGAGGCGCUAGUGUUGUGGACUUGUGGUGUUUUUAGAUUCUCAUAGCAAAGUGCAUUUUGUGAGUGCUGAUUUUGGAAUCGGUAACUUCUGGCUAAGGUUUUUGGAAUCGCAGAAUCAACAGUAGUCGCUCAUUUUUUCAAUUUUUUUAUUUUUUAUUUUUAUUUUUUGCUAUAUCUCUUUGGAUUUAUCAAAAUUUGAGAUUGCGUUCGUUGCAUUGCAUGGACCACUUGUGUUUGUUUUUACUUUCUGCAUAUUUUGGUUCUCUUGAUGUAGGUUUUUGUCCCUAUGCUUCUCAUUGGCUUUACCUGUUUGAAUUUUGUUUAAACGAACGUUUUAUUUGUUUUUAUUGUUAUCUAUUUGUUCCCUUGUUUUUCUCAUACUUUUUACCCGUUCAACCGGGUCAAUUUUUGUUAUCAGAAUCGCUACAAUUGAAACCAGAAAAACUCCACUUAGCCACACACUUGAGCCUGGCCUUUGCCCUUUACUCACUAUUUACAAUUACAAUUUUUUUAGUCUUAUCCAUUCCUACCAUAUGUGGGAUUCUCCAUUUGCAUGUACCCGAGCUGUAAAGGUGAGACGAAGAAUUUGCUCAACUGCAAUCACUUUUGAAGAAAGGUAGUAGAUUGUUUCCAGAGUGGGAGUUCGGAAAGUCUAUGCAGUUGAUAUUAGGUUAGAACAUAGUUUAACCAUCUGCCAGCAUGAGCAGAAAACUUAGUGAUAGUUCAAAGCCAGAGAAAUCUUUUUUGUCAUAUGCUGAUCUUCAUCAUGAAAUCACCAAAAGUGAGGAAGAGAUUUCAUUAGAAUCCAAUGAUAAUCAUCUAAAGCAAGAGGACUGUAGAAUGGCAAGCGAGGAAGAUGAGCUGGUGAAGUACAUGUCAAAGUUGCCUGGCUAUUUAGAGAGAGGUGUAAAUAUUAACGAGAAGGUUUUGAAUGUUGGGGUCCUAGACUGGGCUCGUCUGGAGCAAUGGAAGUGUGGCUAUAAGCACGUACCUGAUAGAAGUAGCCAGAGCUUGUCAUCUACUAGUCAUACAUCAUCUUCUACAUCAGCAGAUGGAUUCUCUGGUAAGUCUAACAGAGGUCCUAGUUUGUCUCCUUGUCAAAGGAUAUUCCGUCCAUCAAUUCAAUCUCACUCUGUGGCAUCUUCAGUGCAAGAGAACCCUGGAGUUGUAAAAUCCUUUGGAGGAGGUGUUGGGAAUUUUCAGAAUGUUGGAGGAGGUCGCCAUAGUAACGGUGUCACAAAUGGCAAACAUGUUCGAGCUGGUGAUCAUCUUCCCCAAAACUAUCCUACCAUUAUACCCAAAGUAUGCAAAAGGGAAAGUACAAAUCCAUAUAAUGAUAGGGAAAGUGGCAUCUUGCCAAAUGUCCGUGGGUAUGAGACAGCAUCAUGUACUAAGCUGGAAAUCAACAAGCAAAAUGGUGGAUCGGAAAAGAGAGUGGAGAAUUUGAGCAAAUCAAAUAUUGAUACUGUUGACCAGGGUGCAGUCAGGGAAAGCAAACCCAUUGUCGUUCUUUUGCCUAGAGACAACCCCCAAAACAGUCAUUGUGCAGCUCCUAAUAUGCAAACAUCCUCAGAUUUUAAGUUAGGAACUCCUUCUCUGACAAAAUAUUCAGAAAAAGUUAAGGAACAUUCCCACAAACAUGCCUGUCAUCUGUCAAAUGAAGUUAGCAGUAGCUGUUCACAGUUUAAAGGGUCAGGAUCUAGUCCCACAGAUCUAGAAAGCAUCAAAGUUCCAGCCUCUACCAUUUCUGCACCAUUUCCUGUAAAAGGGGGAAUAAGCCCAUGCAAAUCUAGAAAGACUGAGGAAAGGAAACAAACAAUUGCCACAACUUUAUCUGCUAAUGGGCCUCCCCAUGGAAUAAAUCAGAAAGUAACUACUGAGAAGUCAAGAAGCUCCUCGCCUUUUCACCGCCUAGGCAUCAGCAUUGGCUUUACUAGCAAAUCUGGCUGUAAGGACACUUCGCAUGUGCCACAUCAGAGCUCUUCAGCAACUCUUAAAUCUAGUUCAGAACAUGUCAGGGGUUAUGCUAGGUCCAACAUAUCGGGCAAUGAUAGAGCUGGGGAUGCUGCCAAAAGCAGGACCAGCCCUUUAAGGAGGUUAUUGGAUCCACUGCUAAAACCGAAGGCAGCAACUUCCAGUCACUCCAUGGAGUCAUCUCAGAAAGAUUCAAUGUUAAUAAAUAAGAAUUCCAGGUUAAGUAAUGAGAAAAUCUCUAUUCUUAUGCCUGAAAGAGAAUCGGACAGGGACCACAGGGUAGGUUGUGCCACAAUAAAUGCUGCUAAUUCAUCAAAGGACAAGAAAUACAUGGCAUCAACGUUUCAAGGUUUUUUGAGAAUUGCUGUGAAAAAUGGCCAGCCCCUUUUCACAUUUGCUGUUGACAACAAUAGCAACAUUCUAGCAGCCACUGUGAAGAGCUUACCUGUCUCAGCAGAGGAUGAAUGCAAAUGUAUAUAUACCUUUUUUACCUUUAGGGAAAAUAAGAAGAAGAAUGGAAUUUGGAUGAAUCAAACAGGCAAAAGCAAAGGUCCUGAUUACAUUCACCAUGUUGUUGCCCAGAUGAAGGUUUCUGAUUUGCACCAUUAUGAUUCAGCCAGUCAGAACUUUGUGAACUCUUCAGCGAAAGAGUUUGUUUUGUUUUCAGUAAAGCCAAGGCAGGGUGAUUCUCAGGUCACUGACUACCAGCCAAAUGAUGAGCUUGCUGCUAUUGUUGUCAAAUCACCUAGAGCCAUCAACGUCAUGAAGUACGAGCAUCAGAGCAGUUGUCAAAAUGACAUUAUUAAAAACAAUGUAGGGGUAACAGUGGUGCUUCCUGGUGGUGUUCACAGUCUUCCAAGUAAUGGUGGGCCUUCUUCACUAAUUGAGCGAUGGAAAACAGGUGGAUCAUGUGAUUGUGGUGGUUGGGAUUUGGCUUGCAAACUUAAGAUUUUUGCAAAUGAAAAACAUACCUGUGGAAAAUCAGGAACGUCCAAAGCUUAUCUUUCAGAUCGAUUUGAGCUUUUCCUCCAGGGGAAUGACCAAGACCAAGGACACCAACCUGCUUUCAGUUUUUCCCCAUUCAGACCUGGUAUAUAUUCAGUAGCUUUUGAUUCGUCGCUCUCACACUUGCAAGCUUUCUCCGUCUGCAUUUCGCUAGUGGAUGGCAGGAUGCCAUAUGAACUUUGUCGAUCAAGAGACUCCACUGGAGUAAAAAACCUGAGAGAAAUGAUGUUGGCACAAACAGAAGAAUUAAAGGCUUUUGGUACUUCGGAGGACACUCCUGCAAGUUAUGUGGCUUAUCCUCCUCUCUCUCCUGUUGGUAGAGUCUAAAGUUAAACAUGGAGUAGAGUCUACUUCUGAUAUUUCCUUAACUGCAUUGAAUGUGCAAUAAGAGAAACCCGAAAAGAAUGGUUUUCCCACAGAGAUUAGCAUCAGUUACUCGAAUCUACCGCAUAUAGAUAAUAGCUUCACAAGUUCAUGACUUGAUCUGUUGUGGCAAAGCGGAAUAUGAGAGAAGAAUGAUAAUCCCUUUUUACUCCAUUCUUCCAACAGAAGCAGGUAUUCAAAUUGUACUGUUUGAUAAACUAUGAUUAUGAGAUAUCAAUCAAUGAAGUGUGAAUAGUUGAAGCAA